GCCCAAAAUCCUUCCCUCCAUAUCUUGCCAAAACAAAAAUCUCGAUUUUUUUACCCUAAAAUUUUAUUUCCUUCCAACUCUCCAUCUUCCGUGCUUUCUCCAUCUGUCUGUUUUGGUAGGUUUCGAUUAAUUAUGGUUUAGAAAAUCCCCCAAAUAACAAUGAAUUCAUAUCAAAUUUACAUACUGCGCUACUGAUUCUAUCAUUCUCUCUGGUCUGCAGUUUUCAUUUUUUCAGUUGUGGAAGGGAUUUUGAAGCAUAUAAGGUUUGAAUCGGGAGAUCGGCGGAAAUUGUUUCUUCUUCACUACCUUAAAAAGGUAUCUUUUUUUUUUCUUUUUUCGGUUCCUGAAUUUGAGUGGUAGUUUUUGUGUAAUUUUUUGGCAGAUGGUAUGUCAAACCAGAAUCUGCCAUUUUGAUAUGUUGUGGUGUAUGAACUUAUCUUUCUAGAUUUACAAAUUUCAUUCCUUUCUCAUUACAUACAGAGAGUUAAGUAAAUUUUUAAGCACUAACGUUUUGUCCAGAGAGGUUCUUAUGGAUUUGUCCAAAAUCAAAUAGAUUCAAUUACUGCUCAUCUUGGAUUUGUUUUGAACAACCUUAUUUAAAAGUACACAUUUAACUCACCAUAGUUGUUUUAUCUAUUAUUAUGUUGGAGGAAUGAACAAGCCUUACUCAGGGCUUGAUAAAUUUGUAUACCAGACAUUUAAUGAAUUAGACAGGAAAAAUACUUAAAUAGAGAAAUUUGGAUGACAUUUAAAAUGACAAGUAAAUUUUGCUUCAAGAAAUUCUUGGGGACAGAUAGAGGUUUCAUAACUGUCAUUGGUGCUAUUAACUUCAAGAAAGAUCGGCAUAACAAUUCCAGAAAAUUUCGGGAGUGAUUGUUGCUGUUCUAAUCCUUUGGUUCGAUUUAAAGCUUGAAGCAUCUCUCAGAUCCUUUGGUGGUGGAACAACACAAGUUGUCCUGUUAGGUGCAGAUGCCAUAAGGGAGCUUCAAACAUGAGUGCUUGGUUAUUCGCAACCGGCCUGAGUAUCUGCUGACACACAUGGCUCAUCUAUUUUGUGUUUGCCAAUGACAAGCUCAUAUGUGUGUAUGAUCAUGUAUAUAUGUAUAUAAAUAUCAGUGCACAUGGGGAGGGGGUGUGUGUUUAUAUAUGAAUGUAUAUGUACAUGUUUGUAUACAUAUUUGGUCUCUUAUGUGCACAAUUAUAAUUUCUUUCAAUUGGCAGUAAAAUAAAAUAUUACUUUAAAGAUUGUUGAGCUACUUAGUACUUUUUUGGGUUAAUGACGUCUUUAAAUAUUGGAUGUUAAUUUUGAAUUUUAUGGACAAUAUCACUUUAUCCUCAAGUACAAUUUUAUAAUGAUUGAUGGGAAAACUUUGGAGUUGCACAGAUCACGUGAGUUCACAUUAUGGUGAUUAAAGUGCUAUUCAUUUGGCAAAGAAUUAGUUUACGAUGCAUAAACAAAGUAGAACGAUGUUCAUUGUCACUUUGGGCGCGAAUUUAUUUAAGAAGAUAGAGACUGCUUAAAAUUCUGCAAAUAUGACGACUAAAGUGUUAAUGGAUGGGUUAAAACGGGCAAUUAGUUGUAUAAAUUUUUUAGCUACUAAUUUCUACUGUGACAACUUAGAAAAAUAAAUUUUAUAUAGAACCAAAUUUCCCAACAAUUACCAUCACGAUUUACAAUUCUUUAUUAAUUCCAUUUCUUAAGAAAUUAGUUUAUGAUUAGCUGAAGUCCAAUUCUCAUAUUUUUAAGAGUCUCCAAGUGGAAUCUAGAAAAAUAAUUAAAUAAAUAAAAUAAAAGCAACAGUGAUUAUUGAUUAAAAUUGUGUUAAUCGUGAUUAUAAUUUUUUUUAAUCAUGUAAGCGCAUUUCGAAUGUACCUUGGAUCUACUUGACAUGUCUUUGCCCAUAUCCAUAUAGUUUAGGAAAUGGUGGAUUUAAAGAUUUAUUAUCUUAUAAGAAAUUAAUAAAUUGAGGAUUUUAUUACUGAACAAAAGGGGAAAAGACCAAUGAAUAUAAGUAUUAAAAAACUUUUUGUAUUUAAAAUAACAGCAUCUGUGAAUAUUUAGUCAAGUGAUAUUUUAAAAGUUUCCUUAGAUUUUGUCUUUGUUGUGUAGUGCUAAAUAUUGUUGAAUAUAAGAUUAAAAUGUCACAUUUCAAAUAUAGGUAUACUCAUAUAUACUAUUAGGAUAAUAUUUGGGUUUCCACAAAUUAUGGAUAAAGAAUGGGUGCGUCUUAACAGGUAAUUUGUACUUUGUCGUGUAAUUUACAUACUUUAUAUUUUAAGAUAAUAUCUUAGAACAUUGUCUUUUAAAAUUGUUAGGGCCUCACAGGAGUCUAUAAAAGCUUCAGAAAAUUUUGUCAUUACUGCUCAUCAUAAUUUAGGCAAACCAGAUAAAAUUUUAUGUCCUUGUAAAGGUUGUCGAAACUUAAGCCAUCAAUAUGUAAAUAUCGUUGACAAGCAUCUGGUCAUAAGAGGAAUGGAUCCGACUUACACAAAUUGGUUUCACCAUGGAGAAAGACUGAUUAGUAAUGUUGAUACUACAAGUAAGACUGAAAUAUUCAACUUGUUUGAAGCUGCACAUACGAAUGAAGAACAUAACAAGGAAGUUUUUGAAGAGAAUUUGGAUGAUGAUAUUAGUCGAUUGAUAAUGGAUGCUGAAACUCCGUUGCAUCCAGGAAAUGAAAAAUACACGAAGCUAUCUUCAAUUGUGACCUUAUAUAAGCUUAAAACUAUUAGGGGUUGGUCAGAUAAUAGCUCUACAGAACUUCUAAAUACAUUACAUGAUAUGUUACCUGAAGGUAAUGUAAUUCCUACAUCCACACUAUGUGUAAGAAAAUUGCUUAAGACAUUUGAUUUAGGAUAUGAGAAGAUUCAUGCACGUGUCAAUGAUUGUUGGUUGUUUAGAAACGAUAAAAAUGAACUAGAUAGCUGUCCAAAGUGUGGUUCUUCGAGAUGGAAGGUCGAUAAGCAGACACGAAAGAAUAAAAAUGUUGUACCUGCUAAAGUCUUCAGAUACUUUCCUAUAAAACCUAGAUUCCAGAGGACGUUUAGUACAUCAAAGAUGGCUGAAUCAUUAAUAUGGCGUUCAACCAAUCAGAGUGUUGAUGGUAAAAUGCGUCAUCCAGUGAAUUCUCCAUCUUGGGCUUUAAUUGAUAACAAGUGGCCAGAUUUUGCAAAUAAUCCAGGCAGUCUUAGGCUUGGGCUUGCUACGGAUGGUUUCAAUCCAUUCAACAAUUUUAGCUUUACCUAUAGUUGUUGGUCAGUGGUGAUGGUUAUUUAUAAGCUACCACCAUGGUUAUGUAUGAAAAAAGAAAAUGUAAUGUUGUCAUUGUUAAUUCCAGGGCCUCAAUAGCCUGGGAAUGAUAUUGAUAUAUAUUUGCAACCACUUAUAGAUGACUUGAACGAAUUGUGGAAUAUUGGGAUGAAUGUGUAUGAUGCACACACUAAUGCAGCCUUCAACUUGAGAGCAAUACUUAUGUGGACUAUUAAUGAUUUACCAGCUCUUGAAAAUUUAGCUGGAUGUAAAAUUAAGGGUAGGACAGAUUGCCCUAUAUGUUCUCAGAAUACUCAUUCACAGUGGUUAAAAUUCGAUAGAAAAUUUGCAUACAUGGGUCAUAGGAGAUUUUUGUCACCAUCUCGUCUGUUAAGGAAAAAGAAAUCUUGGUUUGAUGGACAUGAAGAAAAGGGAAGCAAACCUAAAAUUAUGUCUGGUGGCAACAUUCUGGUUACUCUUAAAGAUUAUGUCAACAAUUUUGGGUAAGCUCAGAAAUGAAAAAGAAAGACAGAUUAUGGGAGCAUGCUAACAUAGAAAAAGAGAUCAAUCUUUUUUAACUUACCAUAUUGGGAGGUAAGAUUUUGGCACUCUCCAACUUUUAUUCAAUUUUUUUCAAUUAUUUGAAUAUACUUUUUGUAUGAAACUAACAAAAUCUUUUUCCUUUGUUACAUUAUUAGGUGCUACCAUUACGUCAUAAUUUGGAUGUAAUGCACAUUGAGAAAAAUGUAUGUGAAAGCAUUGUUGGUACAUUGUUAGAUAUAAAUGUUAAAACAAAAGAUGGAUUAAAUGCUCGUAAGGAUUUACAAGACAUGGGAAUUAUGAAAGAGUUACAUCCAGAGGACCGAGGUAAUAGAAUUUACCUUCCUCCUGCUCCACAUACGUUGUCAAGGUUAGAGAAACAAACAUUUUGUAAAAAGUUGUUUAACUUGAAAUUACCCGAUGGUUACUGUUCAAAUGUAGUCACUUGUAUAUCAGUAGAUGAAUGCAAAAUUAUUGGCCUCAAGUCACAUGAUUGUCAUGUCCUCAUGCAACAACUUUUGGCUGUAGCAUUAAGAGGAUUACUUCCAAAAGGACCAAGACAUGCAAUUUUUAGACUGUGUACAUUCUUCAAUAGAUUAUGCCAACGUGUUGUUGAUAGGGAGAAAAUAGCAAUAUUAGAAGAUGAAGUAGUUGAAACGUUAUGCAGUCUUGAAAGAUUCUUUCCUCCUGCAUUUUUUGAUAUCAUGAUACAUUUGGUGGUACAUUUGGGAAGAGAAGUACGAUUAUGUGGUCCAGUUCACUAUCGUUGGAUGUAUCCUUUUAAGAGGUGAGAAAUUCACUAUUACUUGGAUAAAUUUACACACAUAAUUUCAUUCUUAGUACUAUUUUGUUUACUUCAUUUAAUUAUAGACAUAUGAAGAUAUUCAAAGGAUAUGUGAGAAAUCGUGCACGACCCAAAGGUUGCAUAGCUGAAUAUUAUCUUGUAGAUGAGUGCAUGAAUUUUUGUAUCGAGUUUAUGAAACAAGUAAGAGAAAUUGGUCAUCGAGAGGGGCGCAAUCAAGAUUAUGUUAGUAAUGAAAUUACUGAGGGACGUCCCAUUUCUGCUCCAAAUUUUAUUGCACUUAGUGAUGAAAUGUUGGAGAUAGCACAUCGUUAUGUAUUAUUCAAUACAUCUUAUGUGGAACCUUAUUUGGAGUAAGUCAUCCACUUUUUAUAUUAAUAAGUGUAGAACAUGUAUAUAAAUUUGUAAUCUCUGAUAACUUGCUUAUUAUUAGAAUGCAUAAAGAGAAGCUCAAGCCAAACAAUAGAAGCCUUGAAAAAAAUGAAAGCUUGCUUUAGAAAAUUCACACGAAGAAAUUAUCAGU